AUGUUCAUUAAACAAUUGUGUAGUGAUUCUACACCACAAAAUGAUAUUCAAAAUCCAAUAAUAAAUAUAUCUUCACCAUACGUUUCUGAUCAGGAAUCAUCAAAGGUUAAAUUAAAUUGGAGAAAAGACUCUCAAGAACUUGAGGAUGAUUUAGAAAGUAACAAUGGAUUUAAUAAUUACUUAGAAAGUACUAAUGGAUUUAUAAGCCGGUUAAAGAGUGAUACUGAAUUUGAAAAUUGCUUUGGGAAUAAUAAUGAAUUUGCAAAUAGAUUAGGAAGUAGCGAUGAAUUUGAAAAUGAGUUAGGAAGUGAUGAUUUAUUUGAAAAUGAGUCAAUAAAUUAUAAUGAAAUUGAAGAAAGUAAUUAUAGAAUUGAAAGUGGAUUAGAAAGCGAUACUGAAUUUAAGAGUGAUUCAAAAAGUAAUGAUAACGAUUCAUGUAUAACAGAUAUAAGUUCUACAACUUUUGAAGACAAUGAAGAAAGUAUACCUUUUAUACCUUCUGAAGUUGCUGUUAUAAUUCGUCUCUUCAAAAUUAAAGUGCAGAACAAUCUUACUGAUGAAGUUUUUCAGAAAGGUGUAGAAUGUUCAAGUGCUAAUUGCAAAGAUAAAUUUAUAUUGCAUGGUUGUGUGUUGUCUUGGUCUGGUGAUAUGCCUGCACUUACAAAAUUAAUGGGUCUUACAGGACAUAAUUCAUAUAGUGAAUGCCGUUACUGUAACAUAGUAGGUAUUUAUUCUUCUCAUGUAUAUUAUCCUACUAAACCACCAAGAGGUAAAGAAGGUAAAACAUAUGAUCCAGCAAAUCUGCCACUUAGAACUCAUAAUGAGUUUAAAAGAAGAAUACAAGAAAUUCAAACAAAAUCAGAACAAAAUCAAGCUAUAAGUGAAUUGAGAAAAAUCAAAGAACAUUUCUCUACUACAUCUGAUGUAUCUGGUCUACAGCUUAUAUCUUUCAGCAGAACAGGAACAAAAUAUGGACGGCUCAGAACUAAAGAUGGCCACUAUAUUGGGUCAAAGUGGAUUUGUCGGAAUAAAGACUGGUCACGUGUUAACUAUACAGUUAUGGUUAAAAUAGAAGUAGAUAUUUAUGUGAACUAUCUGAACCGAUUAUUAGUAUUUAAAGUUCAAGAUUUUUAUGCUAUUGUUGAAUAUUACUUAGUUUAUGAAUUUGAAGAAUCUAAAGUAAUGUUAGCCUAUAUCCAGUGA